UAAGGAUUUACUUGUAUUGUAUAUAUAAGGGAUGUGUCAUUCUCUCUAUCAUCCCUCAUCUGCUAGUCGUUCCCCCAGCAUGGCUAGGAGCCUUGUGUUAAUUUUCCUAGCUUUCUUUUCCUUCUUCUCAGCAUAUGCAGAUGUCUUUCUAAGCAUUGAUUGUGGAGCCUCCGAUUCCUAUACUGAUGAAAAUUCAAUCGUAUGGAUGGGAGAUGACACUCUCAUCCAAAACGGCAAGUCUCAAGUGGUUCAAACUACUAGUGGACUAUCUCAUGUAAUGACCACUCUCAGGGUUUUCACAUCAAGAAAAAAGAAUUGUUAUUCUGUGGAAGUCGAUAAGGGUGGACAGGUUCUGGUUCGCGCAAGCUUCUUCUACGGAAAUUAUGACAAAAAAUCUGCUCCCCCUACGUUUGAUCUGCAUUUUGAUGGCAACUAUUGGGUCACAGUUCAGACAUCACUUGACCAACUUGUGUCUUAUGAAGUAGCGUACGUUGUCAAGGGUGAUUAUGUCAGUGUCUGCCUUGCCCAAACACACCCUAACCAGUUUCCAUUUAUAUCUGCACUUGAGGUUCGGAGCUUAGGCUCCAACACUUAUGGAAAAGUUGAUUCAAACUAUGCCUUGCAUUUGACAUCAAGGGUUGCUUAUGGAGCCAAGGGAAUUGUCAGAUUCGCAGACGAUAUCUAUGAUCGGAUUUGGGUUCCAGCACAAGUUGGCAGUGGAUUAACUGUGGUUACGAGCGAUGCAAUAAUCAUUAGCACUAAUGUAGAUGAUAAUCCACCACAAGCAGUGUUGCAGAAUGCUAUAACCACACCAAGCACAUCUGACAAGAUCAUUUUAGGCACUGGUCUCCCAGAUAAGGAGGUUCCCAUAUACAUUAACAUGUACUUCUCUGAAGUGACUCAGCUUGAUACAACCCAGAACAGGUCCUUCGAGACUUAUAUAGAUAACAAGCUUGUUAGUUCAGAAGCUAUUAUCCCCCCUUAUGGAGGAGUGUACGAGAGGAUAAUUAGUAACACUACUGCAUCUGCCAACACAUCGUUUUCUCUUGCUGCCACUCCUGAUUCUACUCUUCCUCCUCUCAUUAAUGCCAUGGAAGUCUUCUACAUUAGUGGUCCAAUGACAGAUGGAACCAAUAGUAAUGAUGUGGAUGGGUUGGCUGCAUUGCAAACUGCAUUCAGUACAUUGCAGGACUGGUCUGGUGAUCCGUGUCUUCCAUCCCCAUACACUUGGGACUGGGUGAAUUGCAGUAAUGAUGAUAUUCCUCGCGUUACAGCCUUGUAUAUUAAUGGCUAUGAUCUCUCAGGGACACUUCCAGAUUUCAGUUCCAUGGAUGCUCUUGAAACAAUAGAUUUACACAAUAACAGCAUAGAAGGACCUAUUCCUGAUUUCCUUGGCACCAUGCCUAACCUCAAAGAAUUGAAUCUGGCAAAUAAUGCAUUCAGUGGACCAAUACCUGCUUCCAUAUCAAAGAAUAACAAGUUGAAAUUAAUGGUAUCAGGCAAUCCGGACUUGUGCGUCUCCGGCAAGUCAUGUCAGACAACUAGCACCGCAGGGACUGACGGGACCUCAUCAGCAACUCCUUCGGGCCGCAGCAAGAAGAGUAGCAAACUUCCUGUAAUUCUUGGAUCCACAAUCCCAACAUUCCUUGUUUUCUGGGCUAUUGUGGGAGUUCUAACUGUAUUGCACCAGAAAAGAAAAAGAGCAGCCAUCGCUGCAGCAACCACAGGACAUGCUGGUGGUGCCUAUGGGCCUAACGGUACACAGCCGCAAGCACAAGGUGCACAAAACAAUUCGAUAAUGGAGAAAAUCGGUGAAGCUUUGGUAAAUGAGAUCAAGGUGACCAUCCAGGAUGAAAUAACUUCAGAGAUUAGUGAUCAGUUAAAUCCACAGGCACAGCAGCAGCAAGGAAACUAAGUUAAUUGGGAGACAAGGGAUUAUCAAGUCUCUUUCCUUCUUCCCUUCAAAUCAUUUGUGAUAAAAAAAAAAAAAAAAAUUCUAAUUUCAUUCAGUUUUUUCAUGUAAUUUACAAGUCCUCAGU